AUGGAUCGAUCCGAUGAGAUAAUGUCAAUGUCAGCGCUCGUGUCAUCCCUCCGCGCUGCCGGCCGACACCAUCUCUCCGCCGGCACCUUCGUGGUGACACCGGUGACGGGCUCCUACCUGUUCAGGAUCGAGCAGUUCAAGCGAAUUCAGAAGAUGCUCGGCAACGGCACCAUGAUCGAGUCAGGCACGUUCCGAGUCGGUGGCCAUGACUGGCGUAUCAGGUGCUAUCCGAACGGCGAGAAGGGACAUGAGGGCUUCAUCGCCCUUUACCUCGUGCACGCCAGCCAUGACCGCACCGGCGACGCUACGGCGGAUUUCUUCAUGAGCAUCCUUGACCGCAUCGGGAAACCAUCGUGGAGCGACGGUGAGGCCCAAAUACCGGAAGAAAUCGAUGAUGAGACCGAAGGCGAUGCUCAGAACUUCUCGAUACGCGGCGACAGGUGGGGCUGGAGAGAAUUCAUGAAGGUUGAAGACCUGGACGAUGAGGAGCACCUCAAGGACGGAUGUCUAACCAUCGUCUGA